AUGCUCUCACUUCUUUCCCUGAUUAUAGCAUCAGGAACAGUGUUACGAGCAGACACCGAGCAGUGGGAGCCUACAACAUACCCUGAUCCGAGAACAAACGCUACACAGUGCAAUACAUUUGAUAAUUCUACUUUAUGCGAUCCCGAUCGGAUUCUUACCGACACUUGGCGGCAGACAAUUCACGAUAAUAUUGUGGCUCAAACCAACAGGUUACAGAACAUCGAUAUCAAAUACACGGACAAUGCUUCGGCAGAAUGUCAUGACGGUUCGUCGAAUGGAGCGCGAAUAUUUGUGAUUUUGGCAAGGAGGAUAAACACGACAUCGAGUCAGAAUAUCAGCAGCAAUGACCUGACAGCUUUCGGUCAUGGUUUACGAGAAGCGUUUGGUCUUGAUGCUGAGCCAUGCAGAAACUACGUUCUUGUUCUUGGUGUUGAACUUGCAAAAGAGAUCUAUGUUUGGACUGGCUCCGAUUUGGCUCUGCCCAAGGAUCGAAUGGAAACAUCACUCGAACAGUACAAGAAUUUGUUUUUGGAGAGGAAUUACAUGGAGGGUUUGAAUACAAUCAUCGAUGAGAUUGGCAAUGUUCUCGCUGAUCCAUUCAAGGGAACAUCAACAGUUGACAGCGUACUCGAUGGAGCCUCUAAUGUCACUUCAGUACCUGAAGACACAACGACCUCGUCGCAGUUGGCAUCAACCCCGAUUUGGAUCUACAUCAUCCUCUUCGUAUCCAUUGCCAUCUCUAUCAUAUCUUUACUUAUUCUAAGUGUACUUCUAUGUAAGUGGAAGAAACGUCGCGACACAACGUAUCCGAUCAAAAAUGAGAAGUCACCCUAUAUGAAACCCAAUGCUUACCAUCGAACAGCUAGUUCAAGCAUCAUCAGCCCUGCAAAAUCCGUCCAAGAGCUGGGAAAUAUUUCUGAAACGAGCUCUGAAAAUGGAUACACGAAUGAGGCACAGUCACCACGUAUUUUAAGACAACGAAGAGGCUCUCUGAGUGCCGUUUCAUUACCACGUACUGUUUCUAUAAACGGGUCGGAUCGUAACGCGUAUAUCUACAGUAUCGACUUAUCCGAUGAGGAUGAGAUGAGAAUGAAAUCUGAUGAGGAUGAGACUAGAAAGGAAUCUCAUCAAAUGGCAGCUGAUUCAUCACUUUCUUCUUCCAACUACAGUGAGUCAAUCAGUCACACUGGGAAGCCCCUAAAGGUUACAGUUUCGCCAGAAGACCUCUACACCGAUCAGGUUGCGAUACGUUGUGUCAGUGAUAUACGAUUGAAACCGAACAAGCCUCCUGAUAACAAAUGGGCUUCUUUCUGAUUGGAGAUUCCGUGCAUGCCGCGAAGCCCAUCGCCGAAUUUGUUGGCUG